AUGAACAGUCAGGGCUCGUCGAUGGGGAAGGGGGUGAACGGCGUCCUUGUUUGUCAGGAGAGUUACGCCUGCGGUGGCUCCGACGAGGCCGCCUUCGAGUGCGACGAAUGCGGCAGCGUUCAGUGCGUCCGCUGCGAGCUGGAGCUCCACCGUCAGGAGCGCUUGAGGAACCACGACAGGACCCGGAUCUCACCUGGCCACAUACCUUACUGCGAUUCAUGUAAAGGGGACGGGGGCGUUCCGAACGGGGGUCGGCUGAGAGCAGUAGUGCGCUGUCAGGGAUGUAAAAUCAACCUGUGUUUGGACUGUCAAAAAAGGACUCACAGUGGGGUCAGUAAAAGAAAGCACCCCAUCACUGCCUACUCUCCCCCGAAACCCGUGGAGAAGAACUGCAGCACUGGAGAUGAACAGCUGGAUGCGUUGAAAGCUAAACUUGAUCAAGUCACCAGUUUUCUUCUAGUGGAUGAAAAGGAAGAUAUGCAGGUCAAGGAUGAGGAGGAGUUUGUGAGGAAGUUAGGCUGUAGCCCCGAGGAGCUCUUGAAGGUGGUGUCCAUUUUCGGCAACACUGGAGAAGGCAAAUCCCACACCCUCAAUCACACUUUCUUUUUGGGUCGUGAAGUUUUCAAGACAUCUCCAACCCAGGAAUCCUGCACCGUUGGGGUGUGGGGAGCACUGGACCCUCUUCAUAAGGUGGUGGUUGUUGACACAGAGGGACUUCUGGGGGCAGGAACUAACAUUGGACAACGAACCCGCCUCCUCCUGAAGGUGCUCGCAGUCUCCGAUCUGGUCAUCUAUCGGACACAUGCUGACCGGCUACAUGAUGAUCUUUUCAAGUUUCUUGGAGAUGCAUCAGAUGCGUAUCUAAAGCAUUUCACGAAGGAGCUGAAAGCCACAACUGCACGCUGUGGUUUGGACGUGCCCCUUUCAACUCUGGGUCCUGCUGUUAUAAUCUUCCAUGAGACCGUCCACACCAAGUUAUUAGGCUCAGACAAGCCAUUAGAAUCAGCUGAGCGGCUUCUUCAGGAACGUUUCCGAAAGCUUGGCCUCUUUCCAGAAGCAUUCAGCUCUAUUCAGUACCGGGGCACUCGAACCCACAACCCCCCGACUGACUUCGGCGGUCUGCUGCGCAGCGUGGAGCAGCAGUUAGACAACAACACUACACGAUCUCCACGUUCUGCUGGUGUCAUCUACAAAGCCUUGCAGGCUUUGAGUGAGUGCUUCAGCGGAGAGAUUCCUGAUGAGCAUCUGGCAAGCAACUCUUUUUUUCCAGAUGAAUACUUUACCUGCUCCAGCAUCUGCCUCAGCUGUGGCUCUGGCUGUAAAAACAGCAUGAAUCACCUACGAGAGGGUGUGGCACAUGAGGCUAAACACCGCUGCCGCUAUUCAGCGCACUAUGAUAAUCGCAUCUAUACCUGCAAGGUUUGUUAUGAGAGUGGAAAAGAGGUAAUUGUGGUUCCAAAGACGACGGCAUCCUCUGACUCACCAUGGUUUGGCUUGGCCAUAUACGCCUGGUCUGGAUAUGUGAUCGAGUGUCCAAACUGUUCGGUGAUCUAUAGAAGUAGGCAGUACUGGUAUGGGAACCAGGACCCUGUUGAUACAGUGGUUCGGACUGAAAUCCAGCAUGUCUGGCCAGGGUCCGACGGAUUCCUGAAGGACAACAACAACGCUGCGCAGAGGCUGCUGGAUGGAGUGAACUAUAUGGCUCAGUCUGUUUCAGAGCUAAGCGUCAAGCCUGCUAAAGCCGUCACUGCCUGGUUAACCGACCAGAUUGCCCCAGCUUACUGGAAGCCUAAUUCUCUCAUCAUUAGAUGUAGAAACUGUGGAGAGGAGUUCCAAGAUAAUGAUACAAAGCACCACUGUCGGGCUUGUGGAGAAGGUUUCUGUGACGGCUGCUCCUCUAAGACACGGCCAGUCCCGGAGAGAGGUUGGGGCCUGGCACCUGUGCGAGUCUGUGAUGCCUGUUUUCAAAACAGAGGAAUUCCAGAAGAACUACUGGAUGCAGCACUGGAAGAGGAGCAAGGUGGGACUCUGAUUGCCAGGAAGGUGGGAGAAGCUGUUCAGAACACUUUAGGAGCGGUAGUCACUGCUAUAGACAUCCCUCUUGGUCUGGUAAAAGAUGCCGCCCGUCCAGCAUAUUGGGUCCCUGACCAAGACAUCCAUUGCUGCCACCAGUGCCAGCGUGAGUUUAAUGCCCGUCUCUCAAUCCAUCACUGCCGUGCAUGUGGACAAGGAGUAUGUAACGAUUGCUCCUCUGAUCGCCGGGCCGUGCCCUCCAGGGGUUGGGACCAUCCAGUGCGGGUGUGCAUCACCUGCAGCCAGAAAUCUGGAGAGCUCUAGCAGAACCGAACAUCGCUCACCAUUAUAAGACACCAUCGUAUUUGACCUCAGUGCUUCAAAACAAGUUGGGAAGGAAGAAGCACUGAAUCCAAUGAAUGAUUGUUUGAGAGGAUUGUUUGUUCCAACACUUCAUUCACAUCAUGCUCCUACAUAAGCUGUUCACACUUUAACAAGUAAUGGCCUACGUAAUUUCUUCUUUUAAAGGUUAAAUCCAGCAGGAAAAUACAUGCAUGUCAAACCCUGGACAAAUCCUUUGUCUACCAUGCAGUAUGUUACCUGUGGGCAGGCCCAGACGGAAAAUUGGAAUGAACGUUUUGGGGAAAAUCUACAGAAUGGGUUUAAACAAGAUAGAAAAAAAAAAGUUAAACAUGAUCAAAGGUGCAAAAUAUGAAUGAUGUCCGUUCCAUUUCUGUGACUGCAGAUCCAAAUGGGCCUUCCUGUGGGUAAAGGCAGCUAACAUAUGGCCUCUACGUGAUACAUAGACCGGUGCACACAUAUGAUUGUCUACCAUCUUGUUGUGUUAUUCUAUUUUCAAUUUUAAGAAAAUUUGCUUUUACUUGUUUAAAUCACAAGAUUGUCAAUUGACAAUUGAUUGAUUGUUUAGCAUUCCUUUACCCUUCAAGAAACCCCAGAGUAGAUUUUAGAUUGUUUCUAUCAUGAAACAGAUCUGGCAUGAUCACGCUAAACUAUCAGACGGCGAUCAUUUCAUUUAAAUGUGUAUUCGAGCAGGAUGUUUUUUUUUUUUAAAGUUUUUAAAAACUGACCUUUUUAAUGAAUGAGUACCACUUUUUCCGAAUCAAAUUGAAUAGGGACUCUUAACAAAAAGCCAUGAUGAAACCGUAUAAAUUACGUGUCAAAAGAGAUGCCAAUCUGCAUAAAUCUCAUGUUGUCAGACGAUAGUUGCUCUUAUUUAGCCCCUGGUGUGUGUUACGAUCACUGUCAGUUAAAUUGUUUUCUUGGCCAAAUGAACACUCAUUAUGUAGAAUCAGGUUAUGGUAGACUCAGUGAGCCAUCAUGUGUGGAUGACCGAACAUGACUGACACAGACAUAAGAAACAUGAAUAUUAUUUUAUGUUCUUUGCACCUUGUAUGCUAAUUAAAUUAGACUUGAGUACCUCCAA